UUUCAACAAGCAGGCCUGUCGAGUUGCUCACAAUCCACCAUCGCUCUUGGGUGCAAGCAGACUACAUGACCCAUAGUUCCUUUCACCUUCACUUCUUUUAGCGUUGCUAAGCGACGACGGGAGGCAGGCGACGCGUCUUGUUAAAACCUAGUGUUAACUUGCUAGCUAACAAGCUGGGAGACGGAUAUUCAAACUUUUACCUCACAAAUUCCUGACUUUAACUGCUUUGGGAUUCACCCUAGUGUCAUUUCUCGCCGAGCUUUCAUCAUGAAAUAAUGAAGGAAACGAGUCGACAGUUUUCCUCUGCGUCGCCUAGCUGCUGCUGUCCCCCAGGGUCCCUCACAGACGCUCGCUUAGCAGAGGCACCCAGCUGCCAGGAGCCAGAAGAAAACGAAGAGAUGGAGAAGGAUGGUGUUUUAACUGCUGAGGUGGUGUCCAGCUGUGUAUCUCACCUUGGACGCAUUUGCACUGGACUGCAGUACUUCUACCACCACCUGUCUCUGCCUAGUCACAGUCUUAGAGACGUCUCCAUUUUAUGCAAUUAUGUCUAUCUUCAAAAGCUGGAACUGCCACACAACAAAAUUAAAGAUUUAUCCUGUGUGAGCCACAUGCCUUACCUCAUCAUCUUGGAUGCUUCUCACAAUCAAAUCUCCAACUUCUUUGGAUUCCAGCCACCCAAGAACCUAAAGGAGGUCAAUUUCUCCCACAACUGUAUGACAAAAAUGAAGGAUUUGUCUGCCUAUACAUCUCUUUGUAAACUGGACCUGGACCACAACAGCUUCAGUGAGAUCAGUGGUCUUGAGCGCUGUUGCAAGCUCACCCAACUCAGCUUGGCACACAACAAGAUCUCAAAGAUCAACGGCCUGGACAACCUGCCUCUCACAGACCUCUGCCUUAGGGGGAACCAGAUGGAGAGGAUCGAAGGGUUGGAGAAUCUUAAGACUCUGAAAGUUCUCGAUUUGUCCCUGAACCGUGUUACCAGUCUGUCUGGCCUCCAGAACCUCCACCUGCUGGGCUCCAUCAACCUGGAGAAAAACCUGAUAACAGAAAUUCAAGAGUGCAAGCACAUUCAUGAUCUUUUCCUGUUGAGGGACCUUAAUCUUCUGAGAAACCCUGUACAGGAGCAGCCAGAUUACCGGCUGUCAGUCGUCUUCCUCCUUCAACAUCUGAUGGUGCUGGACCAAGAGAAAGUCACAGCUGAAGACAAGGUGUCAUCGAUAAACAAGUAUGACCCUCCUUUGGAUGUGGUGGCAGCCAGGGAUCACAUGACCCACCUGGUGUAUCAGCUGAUGCAGCCUCAGGUUCUCUAUGAUAGUACUCUUCCCAGUGCAGACUCUCCGUAUCCUAUGCUGGUGCUGACUGGUCCUCAAGGCUGUGGGAAAAGAGAGCUGGCCCACAGACUGUGCCAAGAGUUCAGCGAAUACUUUGCCUAUGGAACCUGUCAUACCACAAGGGGGCCUUACCUUGGAGAAGAGAAUGGAAGUGAUUAUCAUUUUGUCAGUGAAGAAGACUUUCAGAAUAUCAUUCACAUGGGUAAGUUUAUCCAGACCAUGCAGUACGGGGGUCACAGCUACGGUCUGACCAGAGAUUCCAUAGAGGACGUGGCCAGAGAAGGACUUGCCUGCUGUGUGCAUAUGGAACUAGAGGGUGUGUUGAGUCUGAAGAACAGCCACUUUGAGCCUCGAUACAUCCUGCUCAUCCCCACCCAGUUGGAGAAGUACACGGGCCACCUGAAAAGCCGCGGCCUCUACACCCCGGCACAGGUCGACAUGGCCGUGUCACGUAUAGAACUCUACGCCAACUUCAACAGGCAACGGCCAGGCUUCUUUGAUAAUGUUAUCCCCUGUGAUGACUGGGAAGAAGCCUACCAGAUGCUGGGGCAGGUAGUGAAGGAUUACCUGUUGCUCGAUGAGCAGGGAGAAGGAGAGAACAACAGCCGAGCGUCUCCAGACAACACAUCCACAGCCUCAGGUCACGGGCCAGAGGAGAGGCCACCCUCAGACCUGUCAAGGUCAGGAUCAGGCACUAUGUCACUCUCUGCAACAGCUCUGGAUCCCUCAGAUCCCUCCUACAGAAACUAUUUUACCAAGAUCCAGGCACAGCUCAGCCCUCAGAAGAGCCCUGCUGAGCUGGCUUCCAUCAGGAGGCGUGAGCAGCUGGUGAGAGAGGCUAUAGUGGGGAGGAGUCCAGGGGUCUACAGCCAGCUCUUCAAAAGCUCUGCUCAAACAGCACCAUCAUCACUACUGAGUCAUGAUCCUGGUACCCAUUUUAGUGAAGACAGUAGCUCAGAUGAGUCUCAUGCGAGUUCAGUGCUGUCUGUACCCAGUUCAGCCGGGGCCUUGUCUGGCUUAGUGGAGCCACUAGACAUGUCUGUCCAGGGACAUACCUUGGAAGACCACAUGACAUCUGACCAAACCCCCAAUGCUGCCCGCCCAGGCACAGAUCAACUAGCUGCUGUCACGACUCCCUCUUCUGAAAGAAGGCCCGGAUCCAACGUCAAGCCCAUCCUGCCACCAAUCCCCACUGGACGCAAGACCCCUGCAGCACUCAGCCCGGCUCCCUCACCCAGCCCUAACCCAGCGGGAAGAGAGGAAGCAGAGGCAAACAGGGAGGGAUAGCUUUUAAGGGUUUUUGAAAGUCUGAAAGCAAACCAAGUUGGACAUAUUCAUAAUUAAAAUGCUUUCAACAUUAACAGAAAGUGUCUCAAUCAGUGAAAUUCUUUUUCUUAACAUGAAACAGUACUCAAACUAUAAGCUCUGCCUCAAGGUAACAUCACAAAUCUGAAGAGUCAACCGCAAAAUCACAAAUUUGUUGCUAUCAUACCACAAACUACACAGACUGAUGUGAUACGCCCAAACCAAACACUUGAGGUUUCACUGUCAGCACUUGCCUUUUCCUGUGAUCUGUUGCUCGUGCCACAACACGUCUGGAUCGUUUGCACUUGCUAUAUUCUGUAUGCAUGAUAAAUGAUGACAUUAAUGACCAUAUAUAAGGUCACUACAGUUUAAUUAUAAGUAAAGUUGUACUCUUCCUCUUCAUAUAAUAAUGGGCUUACUGGUUUACAUAAUGCUGACACACAUGAUGAUGCAGUUGCCACCUGUGUGCACGGAGACAUUGACACUCACACAGAUUGAUGCGUUUGUCAGUCAGUCAUGCUGAAAUAAAAAAUAGUGUGUCGAAGCAACCAGCUCUAUUUGCAUUUUAACCAUAAUAUGUACAGAUUCAUUAUGGCAGCUGGAAAAGUUCAUGUCUUCAAAGUACAUGGUGCAUGUUAUGUCUUAUAAAUGCAGCAUUAAUUUUCCUGACAAGGAAGUGGCAUUAUAUUUCCUACUCUUCAGUAAUCUCAUCAAAUUGGAUUUGGCAUUGACAUGUUGAUACUGAUCAUUUAUGUGUAGCGUGGAGCUCUUGUCAUGGGAUGAUAAAUACAUCAUUAAUCUUUAUCUCUUCUGAUGGGAUUAUUUAUUCAACUGGAAAUGUGCUCAUAUGGAAGUUGUUGACAGUUAUUGAACAGUGAGCCAUCAUAAACAAGUUAGUGUCUGUGUGUGAGGUUUUUUUUUUUUUUUAGC